CAUGCUGUACGUCGUGGGACUGGGACUUGGGGACGCAAAGGACAUCACUGUCAAGGGCCUAGAGGCCGUAAGACAAGCUGACCGAGUUAUUCUUGAAGCUUAUACUUCUAUCCUCACUAUCGGCAGAGAAGCUUUGGAGGAAUAUUAUGGAAAGCCUGUGGAGGUAGCAGAUAGAGAUGCUGUGGAGCAAGGUGCGGCUGAAAUGCUGGAGGCAGCAAAGUCUUCAAACGUUGCGUUCCUGGUAGUCGGCGACCCCUUCGGAGCCACAACUCAUGCUGACCUGGUGCUGAGGGCUCGCAACGAAGGGGUGCCUGUCCAGGUCAUUCAUAACGCCAGCAUCAUGAACGCAGUGGCCUGUUGUGGUCUGCAGCUCUACCACUUUGGAGAAACUGUUUCUAUUCCAUUCUGGACGGAAACUUGGAAACCAGACAGUUUCUAUGAGAAAAUCAUAAAAAAUAAGUCAAGAGGACUGCACACACUUUGUUUGCUUGACAUCCAGGUUAAAGAGCCCACUCCGGAGAGCAUUACUAAGAAAGUAAAGCAAUACCUUCCUCCUCGGUUUAUGUCUGUGGCUCAAGCAAGUGUACAGCUACUGAAAAUUGUUGAAGAUGACUGUGAGAAAGUGAUAACUGAAGACAAUUUGAUCGUUGGACUCGCAAGGGUUGGAUCAGACUCCCAGAAGAUCAUGGCUGGUUCCUUGAAGAUGAUGUCUGCGAGUGAUUUGGGGCCACCUUUACAUUGUUUAAUAGUGCCUGGGGAACUGCAUCCACUGGAAACUGAAUACUUGGAACAGUAUCUUGUCAAAUAAACCACCCUCCAAUUAAUUA